AUGAAGUUCUUCAAGGGUAAAAAAGAUAAAACAUUGGAUGAAGCUUAUGACACCCUCGAAAAAAGCGUUAAAAGUAUUGAUGAAAAUAUAGAAAAAUAUAAUAAGGAACUAAAUGUAAUAAAACAAAAAAUUGAAGAAGAAAAAAAAAAAAAUCCAGUUAAUCAACACAUUAUCAACAGUUUAAGAAAUAAAGCUGCAAAUAUUAUACAAAAAAAGAAAGUAUAUGAAAAUAAUAAAGAAAGCACAAUGGGUAUACAAUUUAAUAUUGAUCAAAUAAAAUAUGCAAAUGAUAAUGUUCAACUUUCUAUUGAUACAUAUAAGGCCUUACAAAAUACAAGCAAGGUGUUGAAAAAAAAUAUUAAAAAAGUAAAUAUAAAUAAAAUUGAAAAAUUACAAGAUGAUCUAUUUGAUUAUAUAGAGGAUACCAAAGAAAUUGGAAAUAUUUUAUCAUCCUCAUAUGAUAUACCACUAAAUUUGGAUGAACAAGAAAUUGAUGCUGAACUAGCUUUAAUUGAAGAUAGUAUAUUAGACGAAAAUAUAGAACAAGAUAAUAUAGCUAGCUAUAUAGACGAUGAUAAAAAGGAGGAAGACAAAAAUUUAUUGCAAAAUAUUCCUCUUGAAGAAAAAAUUUUUGAUACAAAUCAGGAAAAAACAAAAAAAGAGACAUAUUUCGCACAAAGGGAAGGUUAA